AUGGCUCGCAACAGCAUCACAAAGCUCACCGGCGCGGCCACCCGCACCCUCCGUGCUUUCUCGCAAACCCGCCUGGCCGUCCCGCGCCGGUCUGCCCUGCUUCUCACUGCCUCAAAACCUUCAGUCUCCGCUGCUCCGGCUCGCAAGCUCUUCACGACAUCGGCAGUCGCACAUCGUGGCAUCAUGCCCGACACUGAUGACCCUCAGGUCAAGGACACCCCCAAGGAAGAGGUGAAGAUAAAUGUCGUCGAGCUCUCAGAUGCCGAGUAUCAUGAGUUAUCCGAAAACUACCUCGAUACCAUUGUCACUCGGCUCGAGGAAAUUGCCGAUGCCCGUGAGGGAGUUGAUGUCGAGUAUGCUGCUGGAGUUCUGACCAUUACCUUCCCGGAUGCUGGUACCUACGUGAUCAACAAGCAGCCCCCGAACAAGCAGAUCUGGCUCUCAUCACCCGUGUCUGGGCCUAAGCGCUACGACUGGGUUGUCGUCGGCGAUUCGCAGAACGACAAGGAGGGCACUGCCUCUGGAGCCUGGAUCUACACCCGCGAUGGCAGCAGUCUGGACGAGGUUUUCCUCAAGGAGCUUGACAUCGACUUCAGCAUAGCUCCAUCGACCUACGGCGAGAACCAGUCCUAG